AUAAGUUGAGAAUUAAAAACUUAUGAUUUCCCAGGCGCCACCUUGAUCCGCAAGAAAAUCCCCUCUCAUUCAAACACCGUUCACAACUCAUUGCUUCCCUCUCACAAAUACGUUUUGUUAGUUCGUUGAUCAGUAUUCUAAUAUCGGAAAUCAAUCUGGCGAUGGCGGUUGCUGCCGCCGCUCCUCUGGGUUCGUCGGUGAUCUCGCUGGUGAACCGGCUCCAGGACAUCUUCAGCCGUGUGGGGAGCCACAACUCCAUUGACCUCCCUCAGGUGGCAGUUGUCGGCAGCCAAAGCAGCGGCAAGUCCAGCGUCCUCGAAGCCCUUGUGGGCCGCGACUUCCUCCCACGCGGCAAUGACAUCUGCACGCGCCGCCCCCUUGUUCUCCAACUCGUCCAAAUCAACCCCUCUCAGGACGAGUUCGGCGAGUUCCUCCACUUGCCUGGCCGCAAGUUCCACGAUUUCUCCCAAAUUCGCUCCGAAAUUCAGGCUGAAACUGAUAGGGAAGCUGGAGGGAACAAAGGUGUCUCUGAUAAACAAAUACGUUUGAAGAUUUUUUCGCCGAAUGUUCUAGACAUCACGCUCGUGGAUCUCCCUGGCCUCACCAAGGUUCCCGUCGGUGACCAGCCUUCGGAUAUUGAGGCUCGAAUUAGAACCAUGAUCAUGUCUUAUAUCAAAACUCCAACCUGUCUUAUUCUCGCGGUUACGCCGGCGAAUUCCGAUUUGGCUAAUUCAGAUGCUCUUCAGAUGGCGGCAAUUGCCGAUCCUGAUGGGAACAGGACAAUUGGUGUCAUCACGAAGUUGGAUAUCAUGGACAGAGGUACUGAUGCGCGAAAUCUGUUGCUAGGAAAAGUUAUUCCCCUCCGACUUGGUUACGUGGGUGUUGUGAAUCGAUGUCAAGAGGACAUUUUAAUGAACCGAAGUAUAAAGGAUGCUCUUGUUGCUGAAGAGAAGUUUUUCCGCAGUCGUCCUAUAUACAGUGGAUUGGCGGAUAGUUGUGGUGUUCCUCAAUUGGCAAAGAAAUUGAACAAGAUUCUUGCGCAACAUAUCAAGGCCUUAUUACCAGGGCUGAGAGCACGUAUCAGUGCUUCCCUAGUCACUCUUGCGAAGGAAAAUGCAAGCUAUGGAGAAAUCACAGAGUCCAAGGCUGGACAGGGUGCUCUUCUCCUUAAUAUUCUUUCAAAAUACUGUGAUGCAUUCUCCUCCAUGGUAGAGGGAAAGAACGAGGAGAUGUCUACAUCUGAGCUCUUUGGUGGUGCACGAAUUCAUUACAUUUUUCAAUCUAUCUUUGUGAGAAGCUUAGAGGAGGUGGAUCCAUGUGAAGGUUUGACUGAUGACGAUAUUCGCACAGCCAUACAGAAUGCAACUGGACCUAAAUCUGCACUGUUUGUUCCAGAGGUCCCAUUUGAAGUUCUUGUGAGAAGGCAGAUAUCUCGUCUAUUGGAUCCAAGUCUUCAGUGCGCUAGGUUCACAUAUGACGAGUUAGUGAAGAUCAGCCAUCGCUGCUUGGCAACUGAAUUACAGCGGUUCCCUUUCUUGAGAAAGGGCAUGGAUGAAGUUAUUGGGAGCUUUUUACGAGAAGGCCUAGAACCUUCUGAGACUAUGAUAACACACGUCAUAGAAAUGGAGAUGGACUACAUAAACACUUCCCACCCAAAUUUUAUUGGUGGAAGCAAGGCUAUCGAAGCUGCAGUGCAACAGACUAGGUCUUCUAGAGUUGCUUUACCAGUUUCUAGCGCGAAGGAUGGGCUGGAAUCCGAGAAGGGACCACCAGCCUCUGAUAAAAGUGGGAAGACUCGAUCUAUUUUUGCAAGACAUGCAAAUGGAGUAGCGGCUGAUAAGGGUGUUCAUGUUGCAUCGGAUGUUGAGAAAGUUGUGACAUCUGGAACCAUUAGUGGAUCUGGCUGGGGGAUUUCAUCCAUUUUUAGUGGAGGUGAUAAUCGUGUGUCCAUGAAGGAAAAUAUUGCUAGUAAACCACAUACUGAACCAGUCCAUAAUGGGCAGUCAUUCUCUAUGAUUCAUUUGAGAGAGCCCCCUCCCGUCUUAAGGCCAUUGGAUAGCAAUUCAGAUACAGAAACUGUUGAAAUCACAGUAACAAAGUUGCUUUUGAAAUCAUACUAUGAGAUUGUCCGAAAGAAUGUUGAAGAUCUUGUCCCCAAAGCAAUUAUGCACUUCCUGGUAAACAACACAAAGAGAGAACUGCACAAUGUCUUUAUUCAAAAACUAUACAGGGAGGAUCUGUUUGAAGAGCUGUUGCAGGAACCUGAUGAGAUAGCCAAGAAAAGAAAACACUGUCGAGAACUUCUCCGAGCUUAUCAACAGGCUUUUAAAGACUUAGAUGAACUUCCUCUAGAAGCUGAAACAGUUGAAAGGGGAUACAGUUCGCCUGAAACUGCUACUAGCUUACCUAAAAUUCGUGGAUUGCCAUCAUCAUCUCUUUAUUCUACUGGCAGUUUGGGAGACUAUUAUGAAGGUUCUCCCAAGAACACCAAGUCUGAAAGGUCUUCACAUGCUAAUAUGGAUACCAAUGGAAAUGGAGGACCAUACACGUCAGGUUUUGAUCCCAUGGCUGAUGCAGUUUUUGAGGUUUGGAACUCUCCUGCGAGAGCUGUGUAACAAAAAGUUCCUGCUGGAGCUGGCUGGGGCAUUUUUCAUCCAAAGUUCCAUUUUGUGCUCAUAUAGCGUUAUCUAUAUAUACCAAGGCUCCGUAAAUAAUAACCGGAGUAGAUUAGUUUUCUACGUAGCAAUUUUUUCAUUUUUGUUCACUCGAUGUCUAGCAGAUUGACCAUAUGAAACAAGCUAGAAAUAGAUGGCAAUGGUGUUUUUUUUUACUCCUGUUUUUAUACUGUGGACAUGUGCAAUAUUUCUUAAUAAUAGUUUUUGAGAAAGUUUCUCCUUGGUUAA